CUGCCGCUUAGAUCCAUGUUAUUGUUAUCUCGACCUGGACGGAUGGUGCCUCCGGGGAACACCGGAGUUACUUUUGUUAACUUAGCUGUAUACGCCUGCUGCCUGCCAGAUCGCUAGUAAUGGUGGAGUGCUUCUCUGUCUCUUCUCCUGUCGACUGAGCCCGGCCCCGGCCCAUCCUGUAAAAACCAGAGCAUGUGACUGCGCACAGUGAUGCAGCUAGCUAGCAAUCCUCAUCCAUUAAACCUACAGAUCGAGCUGAUCACUUCAUAAGCGCAGUGAUCGAGUAGCUAGCGAGCUCACCAUUCUUGAAACCACUCACCAGUUCAGUGGCCAUGGGCGAUAGCGGUACCAAUGGCAGCCACUCUGUGGCCGCUCUGCCGACAAGCCCGCUGCUCCCGAUACGCACGCCAAGAAAGGCACCGGCGGACGAUCCCACGGCGGAUGGGGAGCCCGUCACCCCUACUGCGAGGCUCAUGGAACCCAUAUACAUCGUCGUCACCCUCGGCCUUGGCUGCCCCGUAAACCUCCCCGUCUUCAGCGCCGGUAUCGCCGCCCAGCUCGCCCGAUACCCGCGCUUCUGCAGCAUUCAGGUGACAGACGAGGCCAAUGGUGGCAACCCGCGGUGGGUGCGCACGGUGGUGAACGUGGACGACCACACCAUCAUCCCGACGCUGGACCCUGUCGCCGUGGCGGCCGACCCGGACCGGGCCGUGGAAGACUACCUGGCCUCGCUGCCCGCGCUCCCCAUGGACCGCUCCCGGCCGCUAUGGGAGUUUCACUUCCUCGACUUCCCGACCUCCGAGGCCACCUCCACCGCCGUCAUCCGCGUGCACCACUCCCUCGGCGACGGCACGACGCUCAUCGCGCUCCUCCUGGCGUCCGCGCGUAGCGCUGCCGACCCGACGCGCCUGCCGGCCAUGCCGGAGCAGCCGGCGCGCACGGGCGCCAUCUACGCGCCGCGACCACGGUCCAAGGGGGGUGUCCUGGCGUUCCUCGCGUGGGCCUGGUCGUAUCUUGUGCUCGCGUGGAACACCAUGGUGGACGUCACCCUCUUCGCCGCGACCAUUGCGUUCCUGAGAGACCCGCACACGCCGUUCAAGUACGUGGACCACGGCGCCGCGUCCAGCUCCCGCCGGCGCUUCGUGCACCGGAGCCUUCCUUUGGAGGACGUCAAGUUCAUCAAGAGUGCCAUGAACUGCACUGUCAAUGACGUGCUAGUCGGAGCGACUUCUGCUGCUCUAUCAAGAUAUUUUUUUCGCAAAUCUGGUGCCAAUAACACCAGCAAAAUAUGUCUGCGGUCUAUCCUCCUUGUUGAUACAAGACCAACCACUAGCCUACAAACAUAUGUUGAUAUGAUCGACUCUGGUAAGAGCAACGAUGUGGACUGGGGAAAUCAACUAGGCUAUAUGCUCCUUCCAUUUCAUUUGGCGAUGCACGAUGAUCCACUUGCAUAUGUCCGCAAGGCAAAGAAGACCGUGGAUAGGAAAAAGAGCUCGCUUGAAGUUAUCUUCACGUGUAAGAUGGGCGAAUCGUUUCUCAAAAUGUUUGGUCUGAAGGCUGGUGCUUUUAUCUUUGGUCGUAUGUUUGCAAAUACAACUCUUGCGUUCUCAAACCUGGUUGGACCAAGUGAACAAAUAGAGUUUUAUGGGCACCCUGUUGUCUUCAUUGCGCCUAGUGUUUAUGGAGCUCCGCAAGCUCUGCUUGUGCAAUGUCAGAGUUACAAUAGCACUAUUAUGGUAAGUUUGUCGGUCGACGAGGAAAUAAUUCCAGAUUAUAUUCAACUUAUGGAUGACUUUGUUGAGUCUUUUGGGCACAUUAAGGAUGGGGCUUCAAGACUUUCAACGUCCGUCAAGCAAGAAUAAUCAAUGUGCAGUUAUAUUAGUGUGCUUCUUAAAAUUGUAUGACGACAGCAAUAUGCUCCUAUGUAUUUGUUGUGUGUAUCACGAGUUGCAACAUAGUAAUUAAGAACCAGAACAUGCACCAAACUAAGGUUACAAGUCAAAUGUACUAAGUAUAGUAAUAUAUAGGAUAAUGAUGCACCAACAGGGAUAAUAUUAUACUCAUCUUAUAUCUUGA